AUGGAGCUGGGGCUUACUUUCGGAUUCGGAGCCAGCGGAUUGAGCUCCUUGGGCUCCAUCUCCCUCGCCUGCGCCCCCGGCGCCAGCGUCAGUACUGCUGUGACCGGCGCUGGCGCGUCGCUGGGAGUGGCAUUUCUGGCGCCGCUCGGCGCGCUGGCGCCCGUGCUGGGCUUCGGCGUCUUCUGCGCCGUGAGGUACUUGACUGAGCAGCAGAAAGAAGCUGCAGCGCGGGUCAUCCAGAAGUUUGCCCGACGACAGCUCGCGAAAGCUGACUUCAAGGAGCGCUCGCUGAGGGAGGUAAGUAUGGCGACCCACGGGUUCUCCUCCACUCGUCUACUGGGACGUGGUGGUAUGGGCGCCGUCUUCCUUGGCACCCUCGACGGCAGCGUCGCCAUCAAGGAGGUGAGCAAGGGAACGACCUUUGCUCGCGACGUGGCAUUUUUGAGGACCCUACGCCAUGGGAAUAUAGUGCGAGUACUCGGUUGCGCCCAGGGCCCGUCGAAGGCGUACAUCAUCAUGGAGUUCCUGGCUGGCGGAGACUUGUUUGCACGCCUGAACUGUGACAAAGCCUUUGCAUGGCAGAGCCGCCUGCAAGCAGUGGCAGGCUGCGUGCGUGGCAUAUCCUACUUACAUGGUUUGCGGCCCAAAGUGUUUCAUCGGGACAUUAAGAGCCAAAACAUCUUGCUCUCAGAAACCGGGGAUGGGAAGGUGGCAGACUUCGACUGCGCCAUCGUCACGAACCUCGACCCUGUCCUGGUGGAGCACCGGUCCGGGACGCCUGGUUAUGCCGAUCCUGUGUAUUUGGAGACUGGCUAUUUUUCGGCUUCGGCCGACAUGUUUUCUGUGGGCAUGGUGUUGCUUGAGGUUUUGACGAGGAAGCCACCUGCCGUGGUUCAGCAGGGCAGGUUGGUAGUGCAUUAUGAGAUCGUGGACACUCCGCGGGUGUUAGGCAUGAUCGAUGCGCGCGCACUGUGGCCACCGGCUGUGGCGCAACGUGUCACGUCACUGGCACUUCAGUGCUUCGAUAGGUCCCUGCGCCCAGAGGCGCUCGUCGUCGCUCAUCUGCUGAAGGACAUCUUGGCCGACACCAGUUCCCAGGCAGCCCGAGGAUUUCUCGCGCUGACUCUGCCCAACGGCUCGGCCUAUGAUGGGGAAGUGCGCCACUGCGUGCCGCAUGGCCAAGGACGGCUUUCUUCGAGCACCAGCAAGGGCUUUGCCUUGUACGAAGGUCAGUUCCUGGACGGCAAGCGGCACGGCAGUGGAAAGCAGCUCCUUCCGAGCGGCAAGGUUAUCGAGGGCAUCUUUCAAGGAGGUGUACUGCAGCGCCAGUAG